CAUGGCCGAGGAGGGAGCACUCGAUAAAUUUUGCGGCUCCCCAUUUUGGGAUGCCAACCUCACUUGGUACACAGACACACCCCAAUUCACUCCAUGCUUUGAGCGAACAGUACUGGUGUGGAUUCCCUGUGGGUUUCUGUGGUUGUUUGCUCCCUUAGAGACUCACUAUGUUCUUCAAAGUGCCGAUCGACUCAUACCUUGGUCCUGGCUCAAUAUUUCGAAGUUGGUGGUUUCAGCUACCUUAAUGACGCUACAGUGCUUGGACUUCUUUUAUGCUGUCCACAAGUCUGUUGUUGGAGAUGAUGUAUAUGGUGUAGAUUUUCUUGCUCCUGCCAUUUUAUUCUUCUCAGUGCUUCUUCAGUUGAUAUUUAUAGUAAUGGAAAAGAAACGAGGAAUUCAAAGCUCGGGGUAUCUCUUCCUCUUCUGGAUGCUGCUGCUUAUCUUUGGCAUCCCAGAGUACUACAUGUAUUUCUUGAAUUUAUCGGAUGAGGGAGUAGACACAGAUCAAUUUACAUUUGCAACAUACAUGGUGUACUUCCCACUGGUUAUAAUCAUGUUGCUUUUGAACUCGUUUGCUGAUGCUACACCAAAAUACAUUAACUUCCCGAGGGGAGAGAAACCAUGUCCAGAGACAGAAGCUUCAUUUUUAAGCCGAAUCACAUUUUCUUGGCUUGAUAAGAUGAUAUGGAGAGGCUACAGACAACCUGUAGAGCAGUCACAGCUAUGGGACCUGUCUUACGAAAAUGCCUCGUUUAGGAUUGUGAGAAAAUGGGACAAGAACUGGAGGAAAACAACUGCCAAGGCUUACAACAAAGGGGAAUCUCACACGUCUGCGAAAUACACGAAUGCCUCGGCCCACGUGGAGAUCUCUGGGACUGCAGGGAACAAGGAACACUACCUUUCCAUUUUGCCGACAAUAGUGCGCACGUUUGGGCCAACGUUCUUAUUUGGAGCGGUCUUCAAACUCUUCCAUGAUAUCCUACAAUUUAUCAGCCCACAAAUAUUAAGUGCCUUAAUCAAUUACAUUGAGAGUGAUAAAGAAGGAGAAAGUGAACCAGUUUGGCGAGGAUACUUUUAUGCCUGCUUAAUGCUCAUCUGCGCACAACUGCAGUCUUUCUUGCUGGCUCAGUACUUCAUGAAGAUGUUCAUUGUGGGCCUGCAGAUUCGCACUGGAGUCAUCUCUGCUGUAUAUCGCAAGGCCCUAAAGAUCUCCUCUUCAGCAAGGAAAGAAUCUACUGUUGGAGAAAUAGUGAAUCUGAUGUCCGUAGACGCUCAGCGUUUCAUGGAUCUCACCACCUAUGUGAACAUGCUUUGGUCUGCACCAUUGCAAAUUGCUCUUGCUCUGUACUUUCUCUGGGAUCUCUUAGGACCAUCGGUUCUGUCAGGAUUGGCGGUUAUGAUUAUUUUGAUCCCAGUGAAUGGGUUUAUGGCCAAUCGAACAAAACAACUCCAGAUUAAACAAAUGAAGAACAAAGACCAGCGUGUAAAACUCAUGAAUGAAAUCUUAAAUGGAAUUAAAGUUCUCAAAUUGUAUGCCUGGGAACCCUCAUUUGAAGAUCAGGUUUUAUCAGUGCGAAGUAAGGAGAUUAAGAUAUUGAAGCAGACAGCCUACCUUACAGCUGGAACCUCCUUCAUUUGGGCCUGCACGCCAUUCUUGGUAACCUUUGUCAUGUUUAUGACGUAUGUGUUAUCAGACCCAUCACAUGUUCUGGAUGCUGAGAAGAUUUUUGUGUCCAUUACCCUCAUGAAUAUUCUCCGUGAUUCAGUGACAAGGUUGCCAUUUGUUAUAUCAUCAGUAGUACAGGCAAGUGUUUCCCUGAAGAGAAUGAACAAAUUCAUGAAUGCAGAUGAGCUGGAUCCAAACUGUGUGUCAAAAGAAAAUACUGAAAGCUUCCCAGUUGUGAUGGAGAAUGGAACUUUUGCUUGGGGCCACGGUGAAGAAGAUGGAGAGCCUGUGUUGAAAGGCAUCAACUUACGUGUCACAGAAGGAUCUCUGGUAGCAGUUGUUGGGACUGUGGGAGCAGGAAAGUCCUCACUCCUGUCUGCCAUCUUGGGGGAGAUGGAUAAACAAUCUGGCAGGAUAAAUAUUAAGGGCCAAGUUGCUUAUGCCUCUCAGCAAGCCUGGAUACAGAAUGCAACUCUAGAGGCAAACAUAACUUUCGGGCAAAGUCAUGAACCCAAUUGGUACACCUCCUGCGUUCAAGCUUGCGCUCUACAGCCUGAUUUUGACAUACUUCCUGGCGGAGACCAAACAGAGAUUGGGGAAAAGGGGAUUAAUCUGAGUGGAGGUCAGAAGCAGCGUGUUAGUCUUGCACGAGCUGUUUAUGCAGAUGCGGAUAUUUAUCUUCUUGAUGAUCCCCUGAGUGCUGUGGAUUCCCAUGUUGGCAGACAUAUUUUUGAGAAUGUCAUUGGACCGCAGGGUUUGCUUAAGAAAAAGACACGUAUAUUAGUGACUCAUGGGUUGACCUACCUACCAAUGGUCGACAAUAUUAUUGUUUUGAAGAAUGGCGUUGUAACUGAGCAAGGAACCUACAAGCAGCUGAUGGAGAGGAAGGGAGAAUUUCAAGAAUUUCUCUUGCAAUAUCUGUCAGAGGCAGAGAACGAAGAAGACUCUCUAGAAGGUCUAGAGGACAUUAAACAUCAGUUGGAGAGUUCUCUGGGUCGGGAAGUAGUUGAGCGACAGAUGCGACAAAAGAGGGAGAGCGAAAGUGAAAGCAUUUCAGAACAAGAAAUGAACAAAGACAAUAGAACUGGCAUUGUGCGGCGACGGGGUAGCAAGAAGAUUAGUGAGUCUGAAAAGGGGAAAUUGGCAAGUGAUACAGUUAUUGCCAAAGAUAAGAAGACUGGUGAAAAGUUGAUAGAAACGGAAAAGGCGGAAACAGGAAAGGUUCAGAUGUCAGUCUACAAGUACUAUAUCAAAGCUGUUGGCAUUAUCCCAGCCAUACUUACGAUAUUAUGUUAUUCUGCUGCCAAUGGCUGCUCGGUUGGAUCCAGUAUCUGGCUAUCCAAGUGGGCUGAGGAACCCCUUGAGCCUGAUGGUUCACUUGACACGCAGAGAAGGGACAUGUACCUGGGUGUUUAUGGUGCACUCGGCAUAGGUCAAGCCAUUGCAGUCAUAAUAGCAGAGAUUCUGUCUUUGCUUGCUAUGGCAAUUGGUGCAAAGAAGAUCCACCAGAUGCUGCUGCACAACAUUUUGCGAGUUUCUCAACUGUUCUUUGAUAUAAAUCCCCUUGGUCGAGUCCUGAAUCGUUUCUCGCAAGAUCUAAAGGCUGUAGAUGAUGGUCUUCCUAAUAUGCUGCUCACUCUCAUCAAUUGUAUGCUGGAUGUGCUGACGACGUUCAUAGUAAUCAUCUACUCGACUCCAUUAUUCGUUGCAGUAUUGAUUCCUACUCUUGUAAUAUAUUAUUUUGUGCAGAUACUUUAUGUGGCUACAUCAAGGCAGCUGAAGCGAAUUGAAUCGGUUUCUCGGUCGCCCAUCUACUCCCACUUCCAGGAGAGCAUACAAGGUGCUUCAACCAUUAGGGCUUAUGGGAAGUGCGAGGAGUUCAUUUCUGAAUCCGAAAAGAGAGUGGACUUCAACCAGAUCUCUUAUUACCCAAGUGUCAUGGUCAAUCGCUGGCUUGCUGUUCGACUGGAGUUCAUCGGAAACAUUAUGACCUUUUCUGCCGCCCUGUUUGCAGUGAUGAGCAGAGGUAGCAUCAGCGGAGGAAUAGUUGGCCUAUCAGUCAGCUAUGCUUUGUCGGUGACACAAGCUCUUAACUGGCUUGUUCGAAUGAUGUCAGAUGUUGAAACAAACAUUGUGGCAGUCGAGCGCAUUAAGGAAUACACUGAAACAGAGCAAGAGGCUCCUUGGGAAAUCCAAGGCAAUAAGCCUCGCAAGGAGUGGCCUGAUGAGGGAGUAGUGGAAUUCAGCAAGUAUUCCACUAGAUACCGUGAAGGACUUGAACUUGUAAUCCGAGACAUUGACUGCAAAAUAUCAGGAGGGGAAAAGAUUGGCAUUGUGGGUAGGACAGGUGCAGGGAAAUCUUCAAUGACCCUUGCACUGUUCCGCAUUAUUGAAGCAGCCUCGGGUCAUAUAAGUAUUGAUAAUGUGAACAUCUCCAAGAUUGGGCUACAUGAUCUACGUGAACGACUAACUAUAAUUCCACAGGACCCAGUAUUGUUUAGUGGUAAACUGCGUAUGAACUUGGAUCCCUUCCAUAAAUAUGAUGAUGCGAAAAUUUGGUCAGCUUUGGAGCAUGCACAUCUGAAGGAGUUUGUGUCAGGUCUCACAUCUGGCCUGCAGUAUGAAGUAGCUGAAGGAGGAGAAAAUUUGAGCGUUGGCCAGAGACAGCUUGUUUGUUUAGCCCGAGCUCUCCUUCGCAAGACUCGUGUCUUGGUCCUGGAUGAAGCCACUGCCGCAGUGGACUUGGAGACUGACGACCUCAUUCAGCAAACAAUACGAAAAGAAUUUUCAGACUGUACUAUAAUAACUAUAGCUCACAGACUCAACACAAUCAUGGAUUCCUCAAGAGUUAUCGUUCUAGACAAGGGUGAAAUAAAAGAAUUUGAUACUCCAGCAACACUUUUAAAGAACAAGAAUUCCCUCUUCUAUGGCAUGGCAAAGGAUGCUGGCAUUGUAUAAGGUAAAAUGGCAGUGCUAGAAACAUAACCAAGAAUUAUAGGGGAGAUGUCAAAGAAGUGGUUCUGUGGUAAAGCAUAGAGAACCCUUUUUCUCCUCCAAUAUGUAGUUUGUGUGUCUUACAAUUGAUUUCUUCAGUACAUUUUCUUGUACUCAUUUUCUACAUUUUCAUAGUAAAAAUGAAAGGGCAAAAAAAAAUGCAACUCAUUGUUAUCGUGUCCUUAAUAAUGUGCUGUUGGUUUUAUUAAGCUCUUUCACAUGUGUUCUUAUAGAGCUAAGGAAAUACAUGGGAAAGCAAGUUGUGUCAGUGCCAGUGCCAAGAGUUCAUCCAUUUAGGUUUGACCUCAUUUGAUGUCAGUCUGAUGUUUUUCAGUCUUUUCUUGGUAGUGUUUAUGUUGUCUUUCCUUUCUAUUUCACUGAGUGGAUUUGAAUAUAACUUACCUUAGGGAGGUUCAGGUAAGACUAUAUAAUUCUUUUUUUUUUCUUUCCUUAUUAGACAUCAGAUUGGGUAAAGCUGAUAUACAUUCAUUAAGGUUUUUGAAUUUCAAUAUAUAUAUAUA